CAUCAUGAGUUACUUCCUGUCUUACUGCAAAGCUCACAGCGGCGCGCUGCUCACAGGCUACCAGGCCCUGCGUGCCGAGGGCUUCUUGUGCGAUGUGACCCUGGUGGCAGAGGGCAGCGAGUUCCCAGCGCACAAGUCGCUCCUGGCUUGCUCCAGCGACUACUUCAGAGCCCUGUUCAAGAGUCACACACAGGAAUCCCGGGCGCGCGUGAUCCACCUGCACGUGCCGUCGGCGGCCGGCCUGCAGCGCCUGUUGGACUUCAUCUACACUGCCUGGCUGCCGCUCUCCAUGGACACCGUGGAGGACACUCUGGAGGCCGCUAGCUAUCUGCAGGUCACCGACGCCCUGGGUCUGUGCGGCCGCUACCUGGAGCGCCAACUGGCCCUAGAAAACUGCUGUUUCACCUCUAACGUGGCAGCUCGCUUUGGCCUGGCGCACACGCUGGGCGUGGCGGAGCGCUGCGUGGUGCACCACCUGCGCGACCUACUGUGGCUGGGCGCAGGCCCUUCGGGGCUGCUAGAACUCAAUCCGGUUUCCUUGAGGGCUGUGUUGGGGGCCCCCGACGUGGCACGCGUGCCCGAGGCUCAGCUGCUGGGUCUGGCGCUGGCCUGGCUGCGGCAGGAGCCCACUACUGAACGCCAGGAGCACAGUUCAGCGCUGCUGGAAUGCAUUCGCUUCGGCCUGGUGCCAGCCGAUGUGCUGCGACGCGUGUACUCUGGCUCUGGCCUUGCACUGCCCCCCCGGGUCAAGGGCCUCAUCAUUCAGGCCCUCAACUAUCACACAGCACCCUCCCGCCAGCCGCUUGCGCAGGGUGUGCAAACCAGCAUCCGAAGUCCCCAGACCCGCAUCUUGUUGGUUGGAGGACGCAGGGCCAGGGAAGCCGUGACUGAAGAGGUCGUGGCUCCUCGAGUGGCAGCCAGGGACCGGGGUGCCAUGGCUGAACCGGAGGGUGAGGAGCGAGAGGAGGAAGAAGUAGAAGUGGAGGAAGAAAAGGAGUGGGAGCUCACCCAGGAUGUGGUGGCCUUUGACGUGUACAAUCACCGCUGGCGCAGCCUUACACAGCUGCCAGCACCAUUGCUGGGACACAGCGUGUGUACUGUGGGCAACUUCUUGUUUGUGCUGGGUGGGGAGACCCCUUUGGGCAGCACCUCCACUCUCAUAGCUGAUGAGUCACGGGUGGUGACAGCUCAAGUGCACCGUUAUGACCCGCGCUUCCACGUUUGGACAGUGGUGCCUGCCAUGAAAGAAGCACGGGCCUAUUUCUGGUGUGGCGUGGUGGGUGAGACUCUCUUAGCUGUAGGGGGCCUGGGCACCAGUGGCGAGGCGUUGUCCUCGGUGGAGGUGUACGACCUGCGCAGGGACCGCUGGAUGGUAGGCACUGAGCUGCCAAGGUCCUUGCAUGGCCACGCAGGGGCCGUGGGGGACCGCGGCAUUGUGUACAUUUCUGGGGGCAAGGCUGGACGAAGUGAAGGCGGAGCUAGUAGCCUCCGUGACUUGUAUGCGCUUGGCCCUGGGGAGCAGGUAUGGAGCAAGAGGGCACCCAUGAGCACGGCUCGCUUUGGGCACCACCUAGCAGUGCUGCGAGGUGCCGUGUUUGCCUUUCUGGGAAGAUACGAGCCGUUCUCUGAGAUUGAGCGCUAUGACCCUGGCACAGACCAGUGGACUCGGUUGCGGCCACUACCCUAUGACCGCUUCUGUUACGGGCUGGCCGUGGUGGAAGAGACUGUGCUGCUGUUGGGAGGCCUCAAGUGGCGGGACUCACGCCAGGUACCCACCCGUAAUGUGGUGGGCUACGACCUUGACCUGGACCGCUGGGAGGACAUCAGCUGUGCUCUGCCCUGGGCCUGGGAUGGUCUGCAGUGUGCAGUGCUGCAGCUGACUGAGAGUGAAGACGAGGAGAGAGGGGAAGAGCCUGGAAAAGUGUUAGAUUUGGUUUUAGGUUGAACAGGCUAGUCCAGUCUCUGGAGGACAGAGAAGGAAGUCCUGCCUGACUGGGCUUAAAGAGCAACAGAUGGGCUUUUUCUGAGUGUGGCAUUCUGGUAGCAGAAGGGUGUCUGGAGGCUUAGGAGGCAGACAAGGCCUUGGCCAAAGACAAACAGUUCUUCUCGAGCUGAGAAUGGGAGACAGGAGAGGUCAAAUAGAUUUACGAGUUGGCUUCAGCAAGCUAGUGAUUUUUAGAGAUACAUGCUGGGCUAGACACUCACCUUUUGGGAAUAUAAUAUGACCUCAUUUCCCCUCUUAAGAAAUGUUUCCUUACGUGCUAAUUAAUAAUUACUUUGUGUACCCCCCCAAAAGGCAAAAAAAAAAAAAAAUGUAAAAGACUUCAUUGAACCUCAGAAAACUACUGUUUAUAGUCUGUAUGAAAUAGCACUAGAAGAUGGCAUUGUUCAAAUACAGAAGGAGAAAGUGCUUUGUUUAAACAGUAUGAAAUAUUUGUAAAAACAAUGAUUUUAUGAUCGAGACAUAGUGAUAGAAAUAGAACUAAAGAAAAAGAUCCCUUAGGAAAAAAGCACUUUCUUUGCGAAAGUAUCCUUAGUUAAACCCCCUGAUCCAACUCCUAGUCUGCUUUUGGCAACUUGAGUUUAAAGUCACAUUUCAGUAGCCACAAUAGGCCAUCUUUGGGAUAACAAAGCUUAUUUUUGGUAAUUCCCCCCCUUCCUCAAAAGAACCACAGAGAAAGGAAAGAGGAGGCGAAGUUUCAAGUUUGUGUCACGUAUGUGAGAAACGAGCUUGAUUUUUCAAGGUCUCAGAGAGGAUAACCUCUGAACAGGUGCUGCUUCUGGCUUGUUCCACCAGAGAGGUGGCAAUGUUAGAACUGAAGUGAUGGGAUUGUGAUUACAUCACAAAGAAAUGUGGUAAGGAAUUUGCAUGAAUAAAGUAGGUGCUUUAUAAGGAU